UCAACGAGUUCGAGCCUGCAUGGUCAUCACCGACCAUGGCGUACAACUCCACCUUUGUCAACAUCACAGUGUUUGAUGGCGUGGCUCUCGGCUCUGUUGUUACCGUGUAUAACGCCGACGACGCGGACAAGGGACAAGAUGGCGUUAUAAGCUACGUCUUGAAGUCUGUCUCUACAGAUACUGGCGUCAACGCAUCCAAUGUAUUUACCCUUGACGCAACAUCCGGAACACUGAGAACGGCGGCCCUUUUGAAGUCAAGAGGCGGACUUGUGUAUAAUGUCAACGUUGUUGCCAGGGACAACGGGUCACCACCUAAAUCAAUCGAAGGAGCACAGAGAAUAAUAAUAGCAAGCAGUAAUAAUCCUCCGAUCGUUUCCCAGAGAACUGAUACCAUCAGUGUUUUCGAGAACGCCACCAUAGGGCUAGUUAUUUACACGUUACAAGGAUCUGACGUCAAGGGUGAACCUUUCAAGGUCAGUGACGAUCUGUUUAUGAUGAAUGGAACGUCUCUUCUCCUGAACGGAACGCUGGAUUAUGAGAAGAUGCGACUUUAUACAGUAACCAUAACAUCAAUGGACGGGAAAGAUACAACCAUCUCUGUCAAUGUUGUAAACAUCAACGACGAAAUACCUACCAUCCAAAAUUUUGGCCCAGUCCCUAUUCUGGAGGAACAGCCAAUCGGAACUGUUGCGGGAGGAGUUUUCUCCGUGAUUGACAACGACGAAGGCGAUACAUUGACAUAUGAUAUUGUUGGAAAUAACAGUUUCUUCAGUAUCAACACCACAACUGGCGUACUGACGACAAAACAAGCCCUUGAUUAUGAAAGCAUGGGUAAUGGUAGUCUGCAGCUGACCUUCAACGUCACCGACGCCGCAAGUCACAUGGCUUCGGCAACCUUGACCUUCAUUCUAACAGACAUAAACGACAACACGCCGACAUGUCCUCGCCAGAUGUAUACCGUCAACAUAACUGAAGACUCAGGCAAUUUUUCGACAAUAUUCACGCACGAGUGCACGGAUGCUGAUGCCGGAAGUAACGGGGAGAUAACCCUAACCAUUAAGGAAGGAGACGCAGAUAAACUCUUCAACAUCAGUGAUAACCAAGUGACAGUGGGCACCAUCGACUACGAAACGUUAAGCCGUGAUGACCCCACCUACUCCCUCACACUGGCCGUGUCCGACAACUCUCAGAACGAGGCUAUGAGGACGGCAUACGUCAUACUAGUGGUCACGGUUCUUCCGCGGAACGAGUAUGCACCGAUUUGGAAUUCACCCUCCCUGGACAACAACACUGGUCAGUUCCCUGUCCAAGCCUUGUCCGAGGACAUCAAACCAGGCACCGUGGUGGCAACAUUUUCUGCUUCUGACCAGGACAGGGGUCAAGAUGGUCGGGUCAGAUAUAGUAUAUACACCGCUGUAUCUGAUACCGGAACCAACUCCAUGGACAUGUUUACGAUCGAUGAGGUCACCGGAGUCCUAUCGACGGCGAGAAACAUCGACGCAGAUGUCGCAACAAACGGAAGUCUUUAUCACGACAUCACAAUCCGUGCCGAAGACUCAGCUAGUGUCCCUGAAUUCACAUCGGGCGUCCUGAGAAUCUACCUGACCAAUUACAAUGACAAUCCACCCAUCUUCACCAAGUCUCUGUACACCAUCCGCGUAACAUGCUACAGCUUCAACGGCGAUGUCGUGUCUUCCGUCCUCGCCAACGACAUCGAUAAUGCAAAUCUGUAUUACAACAUCAACGGCAGCAGCAGAUACGUGUUCGUCAACCUCACUAGCGGUGGGAUCAUAUUGAUAUACACGCCAGCAGAACUCGGAAUGAAGUCUGUUACUUCCGAUAUUUUCGUUGUCAAGGUCACGGACAGAGGGGUUCCAGAGCUUCAGGACUACGCUGUUGUCUACCUCCUCUUCACCGACUGUGACAGACCAACGGUAUCAACAACUGCAACAUCGACCACAACACCCACAACAGUCCUGACAACUACACUGGAGGAAACCACACAGCCGUCGACCAAUGAGAGUGCGUGUAGCCCACCACGUGGUCAAGUUAUGGAGUUAUGGGCCACGAGAACCAUCUGUGGUAUGCUUGGACUGGGGCUCCUGGGAGCAAUAGGGGCCAACAUAAGGAACAACCGGGCACGGGCUGCGGCGGCAGUAGAUACGAUGCGGGCGAAACAGGGGAAAGUCGCACCCAUAAGUGUACUGGAUAGAGGGAACACAGCGGAAAAGAAAAUCAGAGUACGUGAUCUUAUAGCGGGUGAGACUGACGGAGUACCGCCAGGUUUCGGGAAAGAUAUGCUUACCUCCAGCGCUCCAGUGGGUCAUCCAACCAUGAAAUAUGACCCCUAAAUCAGGGACCCAAAUCUACAUGUAGUCCCUUUGACAUAAGCACAGACUUGUACAUUUCGAUGUUGAUCAAAUUUGCGAUGUUGGUGUUAUUUUGAAAGGGACAUUUGAUUUGAUACCUUCCAACGAUAUGCCUCUAUCCUCUGGAAGCGAUACUAUAUUUUAAAUGUUUCCUUACACCUAUUAUUGUCACAACCAUAACAAAACAUAUUACAUUCAAGGACGGAAUAUUUACUAAAAAAUCCCAUUGUACAAUUAUCGCUUUUGGAUAUCAUGUACUGUGAACAAUGAUAUGCAAAUUGUU